AUGUUACCAUUGUGUUGUUUUACAGGUAAAGAUGAACCCAGCAGUUACACGUGUACAACAUGUAAACAGCCAUUCAACAGCGCCUGGUUUCUCUUGCAACAUGCACAGAACACUCAUGGAUUAAGAAUCUACUUAGAAAGUGAACAUGGAAGUCCUCUGACACCGCGGGUUGGUAUCCCAUCAGGACUAGGUGCAGAAUGCCCUUCUCAGCCACCACUCCAUGGGAUUCACAUUGCAGACAAUAAUCCUUUUAAUCUUCUUAGAAUACCUGGGUCAGUCGCGAGAGAAGCAUCAGGUCUUGGAGAAGGGCGUUUCCCUCCCACACCUCCUUUGUUUAGUCCCCCUCCAAGACAUCAUUUGGAUCCACAUCGCAUAGAACGCCUAGGUGCUGAAGAAAUGGCUCUUGCAACCCAUCACCCCAGUGCCUUCGACAGGGUGCUGCGACUCAACCCCAUGGCCAUGGAGCCUCCAGCAAUGGAUUUCUCCAGGCGGCUUAGGGAGUUAGCUGGAAACACCUCUAGUCCACCAUUGUCACCGAACCGGCCCAGCCCUAUGCAAAGGUUACUACAACCAUUCCAACCAGGCAGCAAGCCACCAUUUCUGGCAACACCUCCUCUUCCUCCUCUUCAGUCUGCUCCUCCUCCUUCUCAGCCUCCUAUCAAAUCCAAGUCCUGUGAAUUUUGUGGGAAAACCUUUAAAUUUCAGAGCAACUUAGUUGUCCAUCGUAGAAGCCACACUGGAGAAAAACCCUACAAGUGCAACCUUUGUGACCAUGCAUGCACUCAAGCAAGCAAGCUAAAACGCCACAUGAAAACACACAUGCACAAAUCCUCCCCAAUGACUGUGAAGUCAGAUGAUGGCCUCUCAACAGCCAGUUCCCCAGAGCCCGGAACCAGUGACCUUGUUGGCAGUGCUAGCAGUGCCCUCAAAUCUGUCGUGGCUAAGUUUAAAAAUGAGAAUGAUUCCAAUAUUAUUCCAGAAAAUGGGGAUGAAGAAGAGGAAGAAGAGGAGGAGGAGGAGGAAGAGGAGGAAGAAGAAGAGGAGGAAGAUUUGACUGAAAAUGAAAGGCCAGACUAUGGGUUUGGCAUCAAUCUAGAAGCAGCUCGGCACCAUGAAAACAAUUCCCGGUCUAUUGANUUGAAAAGAUCUUUAGCUAGCAAUAGAAAAAAGUUCUCCUAUAAUCAGUGGUGA